AUGGCUGCAAUCGUACACCAUCCUAGAUUGCAGUUGCAUCUUGAAUCUCAACUUGUUGAAUCAAGAACAGUAACAUUAAGAUUGCCUUCUCCAAAACAAUCCACUGAUUUAGCCUUCAAAUCUUGCUUCCCUGAUUCAAACAUGAACAAAACAGAAACUUUUCAAAGCAAGCCCAUCAAUGGUGGUUGGAACUUGGUUGAUGCUCUUUCCAAUAUCUCACAAAACACAUCAACGAAAGAAACCACAACCAGUUAUGUCCAUCCUCAACAGAAACGUUCCUCUUUGGUUUUGAGUCCAAAGAGUCUUGAAAUGUGCACAGAGAGUCUUGGUAAUGAGAGUGGUAUUAACAUUGUAGAAAACGACAUGCUAUUGUCUUUAAUGGGAACAACAGAACAAAGAGAAGCUUGUUGUCGAGUUUUAGAGGAUACUAAGAAAGUGAAAAUUCAGAAUUACCCGCCACCUUUGACAACGAUAAGAGGAUCGGAAUCUUUUCGUGUUAGACCUCGCCGCGAAGAUGGAAGAUUACUGGUUGAAGUCAGUAAGGUUCCACGAAGAACAUCUUGUUUCGAAGCUGAUAGAAGCCAUGGUCGUCUUCGCCUGUGUUUUUUGACAAAUGAAACUACAAGUUUUGACAGGGAAGAAGAACAAGAAGAAGAUAGUGAGAUUGAUAUUGAUGAUGAUGUCAUAGAUGAAAAUGAACAACCACACAAUGAAGAAGAAUUUUCUGAAAAUGAAAUGAUUUGUUAA